CGAACGCGGACACUCAAACAGGAGCACCUGUAGCUGCGGUUCAUACGUGCUUAUAUACUUUUAAAAGAAAUAAUAGUAAUAUUUUUUUUAGGAGGAUGUACAGCGAGGUAUACUUAAAAUAAACCCGUUUAAAAAAUAAUUUUUAGUUAAAAAAAAAAAAAAAGCACAAUGUGGGCUGAAAGCGGAUCAUCAUUAUCAUCAUCAGCAGCCGGAUUCUCACACAGCCGCGGACUGUUUAGGAUUUUCACUUCUUUUAUUUCAUUAUAGCUCAGUAACAGAUUGGAGAUUUGAGCUGCAGACAGACAUGUGGAUGUCUUCUCAUGAAGCGCCGGGGCGGCGAUCUAACGGGAAAUAGCGCGCGCGCGUCCGCCAUUUGUUCGGAGCGUUAAAGGCGCUUUUAUUCACUUUACCUCAUUAUACUGCUGUGCAUCUUCCUUAUCAUUUGAUAUAUAAAUUUUUAUAUAUAUAUAAGACAACGUAAAUCAUUCGGUGGACCUUUAUAAUCUAUUAUAACCUGGAUGUCUAAUAAAGGUGUGCAUUAUUACACAGAUAACCCAUUUUAAGUGGAAGGACAUACAGAUUCUAGGUCCUACUGUGAAGUUUAAAGCCUCAAAUCUUCCCUUAAAAGAAAGCUUGCAGACUUAAAAACACAUUAUUUAACCUCUUUUAAAAAAAAAAGUCCAGGUGUGUUCGAAAGCAUGUCAGGCGUGUCAGUGGAGGAGCCCAUGCCGGGAUACCUGCAGCUCUUCUCCACAGCAUGCAGGGUUUCACUGGACGCCUACAGAGACUGUAAGGACUGUGGCAUCAGACUGUCCAUACAGACCCUGCUGGACCAUGCAUACCUCACCCCUACAGAAAUCAUGCUGUUCUUUCUCUGCGUGGUGAUCUGGACCAGUCUGAGAUGGGCUCUGACAUCUCACCUGUUUGUGCCGUUCGGCCAGUGGUGUCGUCUGCAUCCCAAAGAUGUGGCGAAGAUGCCAGAAAGUGCGUGGAAGCUGGUCUUCUACACAAUGUCGUGGUCCUACAGCACCUACCUGCUCUUCUUCUGCGACUAUGGUUUCUUUCACAACCCAUCUUCUGUCUUUUACAAUUGGAAGAGUGGGAUGCAGGUGCCCAUGGACAUCACAAUUGGUUACUUGAUCCAGGGGAGCUUCUACGGCCACUCCAUCUACGCCACUAUGUACAUGGAUGCAUGGAGGAAAGACUCUGCCGUCAUGCUGCUGCAUCACUUUAUCACUCUAGCGCUGAUUGGGUUCUCCUAUGCCUUCAGGUAUCAUAAUAUCGGGCUAGUCGUGUUGUUCCUACACGACUUAAAUGAUAUUCUGCUAGAGUUCACAAAACUCAACGUCUACUUAAAGAUCCGUGGAGGAAAAUUCUACCUGAUCAAUGAUGUCUUGUCCAGUGUGGGCUUUUUGGGCUUCGGCGUCACAUGGUUUUGGUUCCGACUGUACUGGUUCCCCCUCAAAGUGCUGCACGCCACCUUCAUCACCAGCCUGCAGUCCGUCCCCAACAUCCCUUUCUACUUUUUCUUCAAUGCCUUGUUGUUUGCACUGCUGCUCAUGAACAUCUACUGGUUCCUGUUCAUCCUGCAGAUGGUGGUGAGGGUCCUGACUGGGCAGAUGACGGGAAUCAAUGAUGUACGAGAGUAUGAAGAAACCGAGACACAGGAAUCGGUCAAGGCCGAGAGGCAUGACUCAGGAAAUCAGCACUCUGGAGAAGGGAAUCACACACACAAUGGAAUCAACAAAAAGCAUCAAUAAGAGCCUCAGUACCAUCACCUGCUGGCCCUCUACAGCAGUUGCAAGGAACAAAAAAGGGCAGUUCAACUAGAACACGCCAUCUGUACCAGAGGAACAAAAAUAGUCACUGAUCGUUUAAUGCUGUAAUCUUAUUAUUAUUUUAAUGAAAAUGUGAAUUUUAUUUCAGGGGAUUUGUGUGUAAAUGUUGUAAAACAGAUAAAAGUGAAGGAAAGGUUUUAUCGUCGUGUAUGUGUAAGUUGUUUAUACCAACAUGGGGCUGUUUACUUUAAGCUGGUUAAUUCAGCCUCUGUUUGUGUGUUUUUUUUUUUUUUAUAAGGGUAUAUAAAUUAGAUAUACACUGAAAUUUCCUCUUAAACAAAGAACUGUAUGGUUUAGCGUUGUACCAAAUCACCCAAAAAUUAACCAAUCGCUUAAUGAACAUCCCCAGUGCACCGCUCAGGAGCCUUUUGGAUUAAAACCCCUUUAUGUUUUGAAUCAGAGAAUUUUUAUAUGGCCCAUCUUCUUGGAAGUUGACUUUGAGUACUCACACUAGUAUUCCACAAUGUGCUGUGAUGACCUCAUUUGCUUUUAUCUAAGGCACCUUUAAACAUGGCUACUCUGUAGUAGAGCUUACCCAGAAAAGUCUUUUACAGUCAAUUAAUGUUUACUGGAUAAACUAUAAAAGCCUUAAAAUCAUAUUAAGCCUAUAAUAAUUAAAGUGUUUUGGAACAUUCACAUAUUAGCCAAUACCUGAAAAGCCCAAAUCUGUUCACAUUAGACGUUUGUGUGUACAGUGGAACCUUGGAUUGCGAGCACAAUUCGUUCCGGAAGCGGGCUCCGACUACGGGUAUUCCAAAAUACUCGUAAACCAAAUUUAAUUUUCCCAUAAAAAUAAUAGAAACUUAAAUUAUUCAUUCCACAGCUCAAAAAAAGAAAUACAUAAAAAUAAUUAACACAAAAUAUAAAGUAAAAAUAAAACAAAUUAACCUGCACUUUACCUUUUAAAAAAAGUAAAAAUAAAUCCCGACAGAUAAGUGUUUCCGUUUAUGCACGCAGGCGCUGUGUUUGUGUGUGGAGCUAACAUAAGAGGAGACUCUUACUUUUUCAAGUCAAAAUUUAUUUAAAAUAUCUGCUCGUCUUGCGGAACACUCGCAAACUGCUACUCGCAGUCCGAGGUGUCACUGUAAUUAGUUAUCACUUAGAGUCCUGUUGCUACAUUUAUUUGUGUUAUUUAGGCUUGCAUCUUUCAGUGUCUUUAAACAUGUGACCAUGUGACUGCUUUUCUUUCAGAGCAGUAAUUCACCACUGGUUUUCACUAUCUUCUAAUAGUUUUUUUUUCUUUUUGGAAUAUUUAGUACUUUCUAGAAAAGAAAAAAAAAACUUAAGAAUUAUUCUCUGGGCUACAAACACUGCAAUGCUACACGACAUAGAUUAUAACUAAAGCAAGUCCAA